AAGAACCCGUUGACACAUACUGGCGUUCGCGAGAUGGAAAGAUUCCAAGGUCAAGAGAUGCGAGAUUUUGCAAGCACGUCUCCUGUUGUUGUUCCAGAACAUUCUGUUGCUGACUGGGUAUUGCUUUAUCAGCCUUAUGACCCGAAUUACCACAAGGAGCAUUCAAUCAAGCAUCUGUCUUUCCAUACACACAUUCGCAAGCUACAACCGAAAGCUACUCCUGGUGCAGCAUCUUCAUCAACUGCCGAUCUACCACCGCUACAACCAGAGUCCUAUCAAGUGAAGGUUCCAUGUCCAACUGCGUCACAUCCAUCCUUCCCGAAGGGUAUUUGCACUACCUGCCAGCCAGCCGCCAUCACCCUACAGCCCCAAACCUUCCGUAUGGUGGACCAUAUUGAGUUCGCAUCGAAGGAGGUAGUCGACCGUUUCAUUGAUGGUUGGCGAAAGGCUGGUGUGCAACGGUUCGGGUUCCUUAUUGGCAGGUACGAACCUUAUACUGAAGUGCCAAUGGGAAUCAAGGCCGUGGUAGAGGCUAUUCACGAACCAGGACAGCACGGGGAGGUCGACGGCGUGACUGUGGGCCUACCAUGGGAUGAUGAGAAGAGGGUCACAGAGUUGG